AUGAACAAAAUCAGAAAGUUUUUCCGAGGAAGUGGGCGAGUCUUGGCAUUUGUAUUUGUGGCUUCUAUCAUCUGGCUGCUCUUUGACAUGGCAGCUCUCCGCCUCUCAUUCGGUGAGAUCAACACCCGGGUCCUCAAGGAAAACAUCUUGAGGAGGGAGCAUAUAGGAUUCAAAGUUCAGCCAGACCAAAUGAAGAUUCUUUACAGCAUCCGAGAGAGGAGGCCUCUCCCAAGAGGCUCUGGAAAGUGGGGGUGGGGCAAAGAGAACUUUAGAAAGAUUGAUGAAGGUGCACUCAAUGUUGAGGACGAUUUGGACCAUGCUGAGAGGAAAAGAAGGAUACAGAAGUCCCUGAGAAAAGGCAAAGUUGUGCCUUUGUGGCAUCCUGCACACUCACAGAUGCUCCCUCUGACUCUUACCAUUCAGAAGGCAGAGGGAAGAGACAGCAAACCUGAAGCCCCUACUUUCCAGGUGACAUUGAAGCCAAGCCCAUUGGUUGAGAUUUCCGUACACACAGGACCUGGUGGUCUAAAACAGGGACUGAAGAAUCACAGUCUCAGCCAUGACACAACAAAACAAGUAGCUGAAAGGGACCUGAAUGUGACCAUCAAUCUUAUGACUGACAGAUCAAAGCAGCAAUCACAAAUAGAGGUCACUAAGAGGACGCACCCAGCCAGCCCACCAGGACUGGAAUUUGGGAAGGCUGUAGACUUAAAUACAAUUGAGACGCAGAGCAGAAAACUAAGGGAAAAUAAAUUCAAGGCCCAAAAGGGCCUUCCUUUUAUCAAGUUGAUUGCAGACAGAGAUGGCUUAAAGAAGCAGCCUAUGAAUGAAAUACACUUGGGAGGUUUGCCAAAGGAUGAUGGAGCCAUAGUAGCUCCUGCGAGGAAAGAAAAUGUUUCUGAAAGCCAGGUUGUGAUUAUAACUAAGGAGGAGGAGCUAAAGACAUACACCAAACCAGUUUCCACUUCUCAAACCAAAACUAUAUUUCCUAAAGUCCUGGGUAGAAGCCAAGCAAAACCGUCUUCCAGGAGCAAAAGUGACAUAGCUUUCCUUUCAUCUGCUUUACGGAGAUCAACAGUGUCUCAAAGUAAACAAGUCUUACCUGGAGGACCAGCCAGACUCAAUGUAACCAUUAAAACCAAGGUUGCAGAACACAACCAAAGUCAUACAAAAAUCCUUCUACCUGACAACCAAGUAAAGCAUCCUGUGUUAAGAAUAGAUGUGACACUUUCUCCAAGGGACCCCAAAGCACCAGGUCAGUUUGGACGUCCUGUUCUUGUUCCCCCUGGAAAGGAGAAGGAGGCAGAACAAAGGUGGAAAGAAGGAAACUUCAAUGUCUACCUCAGCGAUUUGAUUCCAGUGGACAGAGCCAUUGAAGACACGAGACCUGUUGGUUGUGCAGAUCAGCAAGUUCACAACAACCUCCCAUCCACCAGUGUCAUCAUGUGUUUUGUGGAUGAGGUAUGGUCCACUCUCCUGAGGUCUGUUCACAGUGUCCUCAACCGGUCUCCUCCUCAUCUCAUCAAGGAGAUUUUACUGGUGGAUGACUUCAGUACCAAAGACUACCUAAAAGCUAAUUUGGAUAAAUACAUGUCUCAAUACCCCAAAGUUCGGAUUCUUCGACUCAAAGAAAGACAUGGCUUAAUAAGAGCCAGGCUGGCAGGGGCACACAAUGCAACAGGUGAUGUGUUGACUUUCCUAGAUUCCCAUGUGGAAUGUAAUGUAGGUUGGUUGGAACCUCUUCUGGAAAGAGUUUAUCUAAGCAGAAAAAAAGUCGCCUGUCCAGUCAUCGAGGUCAUCAAUGACAAGGACUUGAGUUACAUGACAGUGGACAAUUUUCAAAGAGGCAUCUUCACAUGGCCCAUGAACUUUGGUUGGAGAACAAUUCCCCCGGAUGUUGUUGCAAAAAACAGGAUUAAGGAAACUGACAUAAUAAGGUGCCCUGUCAUGGCAGGUGGAUUGUUUUCUAUAGACAAAAAUUACUUUUUUGAGCUUGGAACCUAUGACCCUGGCCUUGAUGUUUGGGGUGGAGAAAAUAUGGAGCUCUCAUUCAAGGUGUGGAUGUGUGGUGGCGAGAUUGAGAUCGUUCCCUGCUCCCGUGUAGGCCACAUAUUCCGAAAUGACAACCCAUAUUCCUUCCCCAAAGACCGCAUGAAGACAGUGGAACGGAACCUGGUGCGGGUGGCUGAGGUCUGGAUGGAUGAGUACAAGGACCUGUUUUAUGGCCAUGGGGAUCACCUCAUAGACCAGGGGUUGGAUGUGGGUAACCUCACCCAACAGCGAGAACUUCGAAAGAAACUGAAAUGUCAAAGUUUUAAGUGGUACUUGGAGAAUGUCUUUCCUGACUUAAAGGCUCCCGUGGUACGAGCUAGUGGUGUGCUUAUUAAUGUGGCCUUGGGAAAAUGCAUUUCCAUUGAAAAUUUCACAGCCGUUCUGGGAGACUGUGAUGCCAGCAACAAGAAUCAACAAUUUAAUUACACCUGGUUACGACUUAUUAAGCAUGGAGAAUGGUGCCUAGCCCCCAUCCCUGACAAAGGAUCCCCAAGGCUGCACCCUUGUGAAAAUGGAAACAAAGAGCUCUGGUGGCUGCAUAAAUCACCAUCCUUCCUCCAUCCAGAACUGAUGAGUCACAUUGUUUUUGAAAACUCUCGUCAGUUGCUAUGCUUGGAAGGAAAUUUUUCUCAGAAGACUUUGAAAGUAUCUACUUGUGACCAAAUGAAAUCAAAUCAAAAGUGGAAAUUUGAAAAAUACUAUGAGGACUAA